AUGUCGGUGAAUUAUGCGGCGGGGCUGUCGCCGUACGCGGACAAGGGCAAGUGCGGCCUCCCCGAGGUCUUUGACCCCCCUGAGGAGUUGGAGCGGAAGGUAUGGGAGCUGGCACAGCUGGUCUGGCAGUCCUCCAACGUGGUGUUCCACACGGGCGCGGGCAUCAGCACAGCCUCAGGCAUCCCCGACUUCAGGGGCCCCCAUGGCGUCUGGACGAUGGAGGAGCAGGGCCUGGCCCCCAAGUUCGACACCACCUUCGAGAACGCGCGGCCCACGAAGACUCACAUGGCACUGGUGCAGCUGGAGCGCGUGGGCCUCCUGCGCUUCCUGGUCAGCCAGAACGUGGACGGGCUGCACGUGCGCUCUGGCUUCCCCAGGGACAAGCUGGCAGAGCUUCACGGAAACAUGUUUGUAGAAGAAUGUGUCAAGUGUAAGACGCAGUACGUCCGGGACACCGUCGUGGGCAGCAUGGGCCUGAGGGCCACCGGCCGGCUCUGCACCGUGGCCAAGUCAAGGGGGCUGCGGGCCUGCAGGGGGGAGCUGAGAGAUACUAUUCUGGACUGGGAAGACUCCCUGCCUGACCGGGACCUCACUCUGGCCGAUGAGGCCAGCAGGAACGCGGACCUGUCCAUCACGCUGGGCACCUCCCUGCAAAUCCGGCCCAGCGGGAACCUGCCCCUCGCCACCAAACGCCACGGAGGCCGGCUGGUCAUCGUCAAUCUUCAGCCCACCAAGCACGACCGUCACGCAGACCUGCGUAUCCACGGCUAUGUAGAUGAAGUCAUGACCCGGCUCAUGAAGCAUCUGGGCCUGGAGAUCCCGGCCUGGGACGGCCCCCGCGUGCUGGAGAGGGCNCUGCCCCCCCUGCCCCGCCCGCCCACCCCCAAGCUGGAGCCCAAGGAGGAGGCCCCCGCCCAGCUCCACAGCCCAGUGCCCGCCAGCCCCAAGCAGGAGCCCGCAGCUGAGCCCGGCACCCAGCACGACGGCUCCGGGCCCGCCAGCCCCAAAAGGGAGCGGGUGGACAGUCCUGCUCCCCGCAGGCCCCCCAAAAGAGUGAAGACCGAGGUGGUUCCCAGCUGA